AAUGAGAAUGUAAGAAGGUGGGGUCGGUUGGGUAAAUGAUGUCCGAACCGAAAGAAAGAAAGAGAGAAGUUUUACUUCACAGAUGACCCAACAACAACCCGUCUUCUCCCUUUCUUCUUCUUCUUCCCACUCAAAUCACACUCAUAGCUCCUUCAUAUUCACCAUCACCAAUUUCUCUCUAUUCGGCUUUUGCUGAAUUCUUCUAACUAGCUGGAGUUGAAACUCUCUCUUGAUGAUCAUGCAAAACCCCGUGCUAGAUCCUCCAGAUCACAGAUCUUCAGUUGAACUGCAUUAAUUAAACACGUGUGUCCUUUAGGGUUACUUCGGGCAUGGAAGACUCCACUGCAAUGACUAUUGAAUUCCUACGGGCAAGGUUGCUUUCCGAAAGGUCAAUCUCAAGAAGUGCUAGACAGAGAACUGAUGAACUGGAAAAAAGGGUUGUGGAAUUGGAAGAACAGCUUAGGACGGUGACUCUUCAGAGGAAGAUGGCUGAGAAGGCCACAGCAGAAGUUCUUGCCAUUUUGGAGGAUCAAGGGAUAAGUGAUCUAUCUGAAGAAUUAGAUUCAGGUUCCGACCUUGACAAUCCUUGUGAAUCUGGUAAUAGUAACAAGUCUUCAAAAGAGGGUGACAGGUAUAUGAGCUCGAACGGGAGACAACAUGGGUCAGACGAACUGUAUGAUUCUCGUAUGGAUUCUACACAAGUAUCCAAUAGAAGUUUGUCUUGGAAAGGACGCCAUCAUUCUCCCCGUUCUCUUGAAAAAUACAAGAUUUCUAAUAUGAAAAGGCAAAACAGUUUUUCAUCUGCCAGUUCUUCUCCAAAGCAUCACCAAGGAAAGUCAUGUCGCAAGAUAAGACAUAGACAAAACAGGUCAAUGGUGGAGGAACCCAAAGGCAAGUUUGUCAAGGAUAACUGCCAUGAAAAUGAAUUUGUUUUCUCUUCUGAAGGAUAUCCAAGUAGUUCAGUUGGUGGGUCUAACAUUCCGAGAAUAGAAUCUAAGGUUCCAGAGGAGGAUCAAUCAGAGCCGAACCUAGGUCACAAAAAUCGCCAUGUAGAUGGAUAUGGAAGAGAGGGGGACAUGGAAAAGGCACUUGAACACCAAGCCCAACUUAUUGACCGGUUUGAAGCAAUGGAGAAGGCUCAAAGACAAUGGGAAGAAAAAUUUAGAGAGAAUAACAGCACAACACCGGAUUCAUGUGAUCCGGGGAAUCACUCGGAUAUGACUGAGGAUAAAGAGGAAAGCAAGGAUCAGAUUCCAUACUCUUCUAAGGUGGUCACAUCAGAGGCCCAAGAGCAUACAUCAGAGCCCGGAGGUGUCUACUCACCUGAAGAAAUAUUGAAAUCUGAGGCCAGGGAUGUUAUGUCAAAAUCAUAUGACGACACAAGAGGUUACAACAACCAAAACCGCACAAGUUUCCGCACUUCCAAUUUGCUUGGACAAGAAAAGUCACAUUCACCGCUUAACGGAAACCAAAAUGAGAACUCAGUAAACUGUCAGUAUCAGUCUUCUGAGACGAAACAUCAUGGUCCACAUGGCCGUGGUUACCCUGAUUCCGAGCCUUCUCAUUCCUUUCCAACUGAUAGUCAAGAUGGUCUUCACCAAAAUGAUGCUUCAAAAAACAAAAAUGACCUCUAUGCAUUAGUUUUUCGGGAACAAUCCCCUGAGUUCAAUGGGGUACUUGAAUCCCUGAAACAAGCUAGGAUAUCCUUGAAACAGGAGCUUAAUAGGUUGCCACUGGUAGAAAGCAGUAAAGCUAUUAAACCGUCUGCUUUUGUAGGUAAAAGUGAAGGUAGAUUUGACAUUCCUGUUGGACUUUCUGGUCUCUUCAGACUACCGACAGAUUUCGCUGCUGAAGAAGCAGCUUCUAGAUUUGGUAUUCAUGAUUCAACUAGUGGAUUUGGUUCAAACUUUUAUCAUAAUAAUAGUAGAGGCAUACCUAGAACUUCUGAUGGUCAAUUUGUGACCAACCCUUAUUACGGCACAACGAUGAGCUUAUUUGCAGACGAUCAAUCUCAUGCGACCCAAUACUUGGAAAACGGACUGAUAUUUGAUUCUAAAAAGUCCCCUUCUGAUCCUUUUUUGAACAGAGGAGGCCCACCCUAUUCUGGUAAACCCGUGUAUCCCUCGUUUCCCAUCAAUCCUUCCUAUCAAGUUACAUCACCGCAGAUGCCGUUUGAUGGUGAACUUUCAAGACCCUAUUCAAGUAGAACAGUUGAGGUUCCGCUUGCUGAUCGCUUCUCAUUUCAUGGUGACCAUUUAAGAUGAACCGUGUAUAUAGUUCCAUUAGUUUGAUAGCAGCUUCGCCUAUAGUGUUGAAGUGAUGUUGUUGUUGUCAUGUAUCAUAUAUGUACCUUGCAGGUGAUUCUAUGUAUUCUCGCUAGUUUUGUUGUGAUGAUAUUUAUUUAUAUGACAAUAAAUAUCUUAUAUUUGUAUUGACUGUGCAUAUUGCAUGCCAUACUCUCUGGCAGUGAAAACUUUCUUGUCAUAUAUCUAGUUCUGUGUAUAUUUCCUAUAUUUGUUA